GACUGUACUGGAAGUGAUGAUGGUGAUGAUGGCGGUGGUGGUAGUGAUGCUGAUGUUGGGAGUCAUCGUGGUAGUGUAUAUGGUAGUGAUGAUGGUGAUACUGAUACUUUUGGUGGUGCUUAUAGUUUUGAUGGUGAUGGUAAUUGCCCUCACACGCAUAAUUAUCUCGUGUUUUAUACGGAUUUGCCUUUAAGGAACUCACCCUGCUCGCUAGCCGCUGGUCACGACUUUCAGUUGAAUCCUUUCCUUUUUCCAGAUGAGCGCCAUGGAGGACGAGGUCCACUGCCCUCCUGACCUUGAAACUUACAUGAACGCUCUUGAAAAUUUUGAUGAGGCUACCGUUUACGACAAGGUGGAGAAUGAAGAGAAAGAUGAUUCUUCUGGUAUGACCAUGGGCACACCAGCGGAAAUGACUCGGCAGAAACCAGCCCCAGCGGUGUCCGGCAGCCCCGCUGCUGACAACGUUAUAUUUAACACGAGGGCCCCUACUGCGGGUCCCGUCUUUUAUAUCUCGCAGCACACUCCGGCCACCCAGGAUUACUCAAACCCUAGCCAGCACGAGCCAAGGCCACUCUGCCGGAUGAACCUCAACCCCCAAAUGAUGAUCCAAGGGCAGCCUGACCAAAGCCACGCGUCCACAAGCACAUGGACUCUACCUGCCCCGCCUCAGACGGUGCCCCUGAUGCAGGCUGAGGCUAUGGCCCAAAGAGUACCGGACAUGGCUGACCAGCAUCCUCAGGUGGCCAAGGAUGCUUCCUGCCCGGGUUCGUCCACCGGAGGAAGGAAGAGGAGAGGCACGGAUGCUUGCGGUCCGAUGAAGAAAGUUAUAAAGCCAAAGGAAUGGGAGCGGGAGAUUCCGUAUGAGGACGAGGAGCAAGAGAGAAAGAGACAGAACGCCAUUAAGGCACGUAGUUACAGAGAGAAGAAGAAGUCUGAGGUUAAGGAAAUGCAAGACAAGAUUAACCGCCAGGAGCAAGAGAUACUGAGGCAAAAGGGGACGAUCCAGCCGCAGAAUGGGACGAUCCAGCCGCAGAAUGGGACGAUCCAGCCGCAGAAUGGGACGAUCCAGCCGCAGAAUGGGACGAUCCAGCCGCAGAAUGGGACAAUCCAGCCGCAGAAUGGGACGAUCCAGCCGCAGAAUGGGACGAUCCAGCCGCAGAAUGGGACGAUCCAGCCGCAGAAUGGGACGAUCCAGCCGCAGAAUGGGACGAUCCAGCCGCAGAAUGGGACGAUCCAGCCGCAGAAUGGGACGAUCCAGCCGCAGAAUGGGACGAUCCAGCCGCAGAAUGGGACAAUCCAGCCGCAGAAUGGGACAAUCCAGCCGCAGAAUGGGACAAUCCAGCCGCAGAAUGGGACAAUCCAGCCGCAGAAUGGGACAAUCCAGCCGCAGAAUGGGACAAUCCAGCCACAGAAUGGGACAAUCCAGCCGCAGAAUGGGAUAACCCAGCCGCAGAAUGGGACAAUCCAGCAGCAGAAUGGGACGAUCCAGCCGCAGAAUGGGACAAUCCAGCCGCAGAAUGGGACAAUCCAGCCGCAGAAUGAGAUAAUCCAGCCGCAGAAUGGGACAAUCCAGCCGCAGAAUGGGACAAUCCAGCCGCAGAAUGAGAUAAUCCAGCCGCAGAAUGGGACAAUCCAGCCGCAGAAUGAGAUAAUCCACCCGAAGAAUGGGACAAUCCAGCCGCAGAAUGGGACAAUCCAGCCGCAGAAUGAGAUAAUCCAGCCGCAGAAUGGGACAAUCCAGCCGCAGAAUGAGACAAUCCAGCCGAAGAAUGGGACAAUCCAGCCGCAGAAUGGGACAAUCCAGCCGCAGAAUGGGACAAUCCAGCCGCAGAAUGGGACAAUCCAGCCGCAGAAUGGGACAAUCCAGCCGCAGAAUGGGACAAUCCAGCCGCAGAAUGGGACAAUCCAGCCGCAGAAUGGGACAAUCCAGCCGCAGAAUGGGACAAUCCAGCCGCAGAAUGGGACAAUCCAGCCGCAGAAUGGGAUAACCCAGCAGUUGAAUGAGAUAAUCCAGCCGCAGAAACGGAUAAUCCACCAGAUGAAUGGGAUAACCCAGCAGUUGAGUGGGAUAAUCCAGCAGCUGAAUGGGACAAUACAGCAGCUGAAUGGGGCAAUACAGCAGCUGGGCGCCACACAAUAUCAGGAGACGAACUGAGACAGAAUUAUUCUACCCUAAAUUAGGGGAGUCCAGUGGUGAAUGUUUGUGUGUGUGUUUGUGUGUGUGUGUGUG